UGCCGAAGGCCUACGGAAGCCGAGAAGAAAAAAAGGCGGGAACUUCCAAUCCCGGGUGGAGCAAAAUGGCGCGGGAGAAUGAGAUGCGGGAAUUCACGCACAGCUUCUUCCGAGGCUGCCCUGACCUCAGCACGCUCACGCAAUCCAUCGUGCGGCAGAAGUUCUUGGCUCACGCGGGUCUCACCCAUCUGGAACCUGAGGAAAAGCAAGCACUAAGGCGGCUGGUGGAGGAGGAGCUGCUGAAAAUGCAGGUGGAUGAAGCUGGUACCAGGCAAGAGAAGCUAGACCUUACCAAGAAGGUGAAGAGGGCUCCCACCCUCUGCAAUGACCAAGAAAGAAAACGGUUCCGUUUCAAUUCAGAAUCAGGGUCCAGGUCCGCAGCCUCCAGUCCAGACUGCUUUGGAUGUCCAGCAGAUAAUGAGAUGGCAGAAACACAAAUCAGCCCAGCCGAGGAGGAGCGUCCAAGGCAGGCUUCAAAGAGGGCAGUUGAGAGCAGCGAUGAAGAACAGCAAAGGGACCAGCCUGCAAAAAUGAGAUUAGAAGAGAGCAGUGAUGAGAAAGAGGAGAAAGAGAAAGAAGACUCUGUCAGAAUACGGAAGAUUUUAGAGGAAAAAGAUGAGGAAGAAAAAGAAUACAAGGGCAGGACUUUGAAGAAAUCUAGGACCAAGAAUGAGCAGGCACCUGGCAAGGCCUCAGCAAGAAAGCAGCAGACCAGGGAAGAAAGUGAGGAUAGUGAGGAAGAACUUGUCCAGAGGAAAGUAAAGAAGUCUGGGAGAAAUAGAGAAGCUAAAAGCCCUGAGGAAAGUGAAGAGGAGAGAGAGGAGGAGUGCCUAUUCAAGAAGAAAGAGAACAUGGAAGAGGACAGAGAUGAGGAAGAGGAGGACUGGGAACUAAGAGCUAGGAGCAAAGGAGGGGGAAAGUCAGCGUUAGAGGUGAAGAGCUGUAAGCUAGAAAGCAGGGUAGGGAAGCUGAGAGAGUUGGGGGACAGUGGGGAAGAAAAAGAGAAAGAGGCAGCUGGCAGCGGAGAUAACAGUGGGGAAGAGUCUCCACUGCGUAGGAAGGUCAGGACCCGGUGUAAAGAUAGGAAAAGGCAGAAUAGAAGCAGUGAGGAUGAAGACAGCAGUGUGGCACAAGCAACUGCUCAAGGCCCUGCAAAGACAGCCAAAUUGGGCAGUGUCAGUGGUGAGAGUGACUCAGAAAAGGAGGUGAGUGACAGCGAGAUAAGGGGAAGCCCUAAGGGAGAGAGGAAGAACCGCUCUUCCAAGAACUCUAAGAAGAGCAGGACACGAAGCUCUUUUUCCUCCUCAGAUGGAAGUCCAGAGCCCAAAGACAGGAAGGCCAGUUCUGCUCGCCAUGGAGAAGACCACCCAGCUGUGACCAGGCUAAAGCGCUACAUUCGAGCCUGUGGUGCCCAUCGAAACUAUAAAAAGCUGCUGGGAUCCUGUCACUCACACAAGGAGCGCCUGAGUGUACUCCGUGCUGAGCUGGAAGCCCUGGGCAUGAAGGGUAACCCUUCUUUGGAGAAAUGUCGUGCCCUGAAGGAGCAGCGAGAAGAGGCAGCAGAGGUGGCCUCUUUGGAUAUUGCCAACAUCAUCAACAGUUCAGGCCGGUCACGUAGACGGACUGCCUGGAACCCUUCAGGAGAAGCAGCCCCCUUUGGGGAGCUUUACCGCCGGACACUGGACUCAGAGGAGGAGCAGCCUCGUUGGGCACCCCCAGACUGGUCACACAUGCGAGGCAUCAUCAGCAGUGAUGGCGAGAGUAACUGAGUGUUGCCUCUCACAGGAGGGUCCCUUUCCAUAUGUACAAAGUAUAUAUGGCAUCCCAUACUCUGAACCUGCAAAGCAAACUGUUUACUUUCAGACAACUACCGCCCCAGAGACAUAAACUACUCAGACACUACUUCUCAGCUUCACAUUCUCGUUAGGGUGUUUAUAGGGAUUCAUUUUUUGAGACUCAAUAAAGGAAUGUUUAUAGUCACCUCAUCAGAAA